AUGGGCUCUAAGAGCACAAUUCAGCAAAUUAAACCCAACACUUCAGCUACAGCACCAAGAACUGAGCAGCAUCCUCAGGAAAGCAUAACAAGGGCAUUCUCAUUAAUUCUAUUUCCAUCACAGCUCAUCCCGAAAUGCCAAAAAGGCACAGACACUCCAGAUACAUUCAGAUCUACUAGAAUAUGCCCACAGCCAACUUCUUCUCCUGAUACUGAGACUCUACAGCAUUCCAAGGGCAAAGAAAUGGUUUUGUCUGUUAUAGAAGUGCCAGAAAUCAGCAAAGAAGAUAGUACAACCUUUAUGAAGUGGCUAGGCUACAACUUCACUUGGGCUAACAAUAGAGCAGAUGAGGAAUUGUCGGACAGAGCAUUCAGUUCAGUUGACUAG